AUGACCCGACCGCGCCCUCCGCCUCGAGGGCCCACCACCUCCACUAACACACAACGAGCCACCCUCACCUCAACUCGAAUAUCAACCAAAUGCAUCUCAUUCCUUCCGCAUCGGACCGUAACGAUCUCAUUCUUCCUUUUACUCCUUGUUCACGCGGGUUCAGCAGCCUCCAAACUGUACACAAAUCAAUGGGCCGUUCGCGUCGCCAACGGCACCGAAGCCGAUGCAAAGGCGUUGGCGGCGAAGCACGGCUACGAAUACAUCGGGCAGAUCAUACCUGGAAAGGACGUCUUUUUGUUCGGCGAUCUCCGAGACAAGGCGAGGUCGAUGCGGAAGUCGAGGAGUUUGAAGUCAGCCACGCUACAACGGGAUCCUAGUGUAAGGUUUUUGGUUUUUGAUCAAUGUUUAGGUAUUUUGAAGGUUUUGUGGAUAAGGUUUAGGUAUUUUGAAGAUAUUAUGAAUAAAGUUUAGGUAUUUUAAGGGUGUUAUGGAUCAAGUUUAGGUAUUUGGUGGCUACUAUGAGUAAAGUCGCGGAAGCCUAUUGUGAUUUUAGGUAUUUUGAAGAUAUUUUAGAUAAGGUGUAGGUAUUUUGUGGCUAUUAUGGAUAAAAUUAAGACAUUUUGUUAUCGGAUUUUAAGCUUAAAGGAUAAAGUUUUGUCAAUUUUUAAGUUUAUUUUAACUAUAUCUUUUCAUAUUAGGUCUGUUAUGUUUGGUUUGAAGUAUUUUUUAAGCUUAUAAUUCCUAAAAUUGAGCGUAUUUUGUCAAGUGUUCCUAAAAAUAAAAAAAAAAUUGGACCGUUUUUGUUACAAAAAGUCUUUUUUACAUUUGGCUCAUCAAAAUAAAGUGGAAAUUUUAGAAUAAUUAUUUAAAAAUAGGUUUAAAACUUCUUUUGAUUUUAUCUAUAAGCUCUUUCCUCCCUCUCUUUUGUUUUGGAGAAGUUCCGAGCGCUUUUCUUUCGUCUCCCAUGUGGUCUAGUGGUUAGGAUUCGUGGCUUUCACCCACGCGGCCCGGGUUCGAUUCCCGGCAUGGGAAGUAAUCUUUUUUGGUGUUUUUCGACGAAUUUUUGAAAUAUAAGGUGAUUGAAAAUGAGUUUUAAUGUUGUCUUUUUUAUAUUUUGUCAUUUUUUGUUUUAAAAAUUAUGACUUUGAGGCAGAAAGUUAGGUUUUUUUACAUUUUUGAUGGUUUUUUAAUUUAAAAAGUCAUUUUUAAAGUACUUAGGUAAUGUUUUCAUGGUUUUAAUGUGCUUAAUGUCAUGUGUUGUGCUAUUCAAAAGCUAUGCUUCUUAUUAAAUUUUUAAAAAUUUUUCAAUUUUUUUACGUUUUAGGUAACAUGGUUACAACAACAAGUAGCGAAACGUCGAGUAAAACGUGAUUACCAAUACAACGAUCAUCCACACGCUUACGUGCCGCGUCGUAUCGACGCAUCACCUGACUAUCGCGUCAUUCAUGAUGACAUUUUUCACAAAAACAACGAAGUUGGUGGCCAAAACUACCGUAAGAAGUACGGUAUCCCCAACGACCCAUACUGGAAAGAUAUGUGGUAUCUACAUCGAAGUGACAACCGAGAUGGUAUCCUACUGGAUCACAAUGUGAAAGAGGCGUGGGAUCUAGGGUAUACGGGCAGGGGAGUGGUGGUAACCAUAUUGGACGAUGGGUUAGAGCAUACUCAUCCUGACAUCGAGCCUAAUUAUGUAGGUUUUUUGGUUUUUUUAAUGGUUUUGGGGUUUUAAAUUGAAAAUUUGUGAAUUUGAGAGAUCCCGAGGGUGUCGGAAUUAUAUUUUUUUUGAAAUUUGUGGUUUUUGAGUUAAUUUUAAAAAAACGUUUUUAGGUAACAAAUUUCAAAAUUUUUCUUUUUUUGUGUUUGAAAAGAAAAAUAUUUAAAAUUAUGGCAUUUAUGGUUUGGUUUUUGUUGCAUUUUAUUGUUUUUUCAUGAUUUUUUACUUUUUUUUUGAAAAAAAAUUGGCAACUGUUUAAAAAUUUAAUUUGUUCUUGGAUUUGAACACAAAAUAUUUUAAAUUAUGAUCUUUUUAAUGAAUUUUUACGCAUAUUAUUGUUUUUUUUAUAAUUUUUUAUUUGUCGAAAAUUUUUUAGAUAACAAAUUUCAAAAUUUUUAUUUUUUUGUAUUUGAAAAGAAAAAUAUGUAGUAUUAUGACAUUUUUGAUGAGAUUUUUAUGCAUUUUAUUGUUUUUUAAGGAUUUUUCUUUUAAAAAACUGAUUUUUAGGUAACAAAUUUAAAAAAAAAUGAUUUUUGGAAAAAUUUGAAAAAUAAUAUUAAAAAAUUGAAAAUAGGCUUUAAUGGCGAAUUUUAAAAUGAUUUUUUUAAAAUUUUUUUUAUAAUUUAAAUUUUUUCAAAUUUUUAAAAAUUUUUUGAAAUUUGUUACCUAAAAUUUUUUUUUAAAUAAGUAAUCAACUAUUUUAAAUUCCAUCAAAUUCCAGGACCCCCAAGCUUCAUACGAUGUGAACGAAGGUGAUCCGGACCCAACGCCACGUUACGAGUACACCGACGAGAAUAGGCACGGUACUCGCUGUGCUGGAGAAGUGGCAGCCGUCUACAACAACAGUUUGUGUAUUGUUGGCAUAGCCUUCAACGCCAAAAUCGGCGGUAUCAAAAUGCUUGACGGUGAAGUUACGGACGCUGUAGAAGCCUCAAGCCUCUCUCAUAACCCAAAUCACAUUGACAUCUACUCGGCUUCAUGGGGACCAGACGACGACGGUCGUACUGUAGAUGGCCCAGCCGAUUUGACUCGACAAGCCUUUGAGAAUGGCGUCCGCGAAGGCCGCGGAGGCCUGGGCUCAAUCUUCAUCUGGGCCUCAGGCAAUGGAGGCAAAGAUGCGGACUCAUGUAACUGUGAUGGCUACACCAACUCCGUCUACACUCUGUCGAUAUCGUCGGCCACAGAGAAUGGUAACAUACCAUGGUACUCGGAGGCAUGCUCAUCCACACUCGGUACAGCCUACUCAUCUGGCGCUACUGGAGAGAAAAUGAUCGCCACAACAGAUCUACAUCAUUCGUGUACCAAAACUCAUACUGGAACGUCGGCUUCAGCACCAUUGGUUGCGGGCAUCGCCGCCUUGACUUUGGAAUCGAAUCCAAGGUUAACAUGGAGGGAUCUACAGGUAAUAUUGAGGUUUAUUUAAGGGUUGAAAAAGUUUGGUUGGGGUAGAUUGUCACGGUAAGAGGUUAAGAGGAAUAUUGACGUAAUACAAAGCUGGUUUGGAAAACUUGGGUUACUGUAUAAGUUUGGUAUUAGAAAGUUCAAGGAAACGGCACUUUUAUUGAUUAUAAGUGGUGUUUUUGCUGUCAAGACCUUCUAAAUUUCCUAUUUCCUUCACUAGUGUACUACACCGUAUUUUACUUUAACUUAGUUUUGCUUAUCUUUUACUUUACUUUUGCUUUACUCUACGUAUAUCUAAGUUUAUAUUAAUGUAACUUAUUUUACUGAUUUUAAAAAUACAUAAUUAUAACUUACUUUGCUGUAUUUUUAUCUUACUGUAUUACAUUAUAUAAUGUACUUGAUUCUACAGUAAUUUUAAUAUACUUUAAAGUAUUUUCACUUUACGAUAAAUUAUUCUGCUUCAUUUUACAGUAAUUAAAGCGUUCUUUAAUGGCCUUGUUUUACUGUAAACUGCUUUAUUGGUCUUGUGUGUUGUAGUUUUUACAUAAAUCUUGCACUGAUUAAAGUACUUUUUCCUACUACCCUUUUACCUUAUGUUUUUACUUUAUCCUACCUUUUUACUUUAGUAUCUCUUAUCUUUUUCUUGCAUAUUCUGCCCUUCUUUUCUCUACUUUACCAUACUUUGCUCUCUCUGUCUUUUAAUGUCAUAUUUUUUCCUAGCUUAUCUUAUCCUACCUUACUCUUCUCCAUCCUACGCCAUUUCUUCUUCUCCUACUCUACUCUACCUUAUCUUACCAUAUUCUAUUAUAUCUUACCUUACUCUAUCUUACCAUACCAUACCUUACACUACCCUACUUUACCUUACUCUACCUUACACUAUCCUACCUUACCCUACCUACUUUUAUUCCAAAAUAAUGGUCUCUAAACUAAUAUCUAUUUUUCAGCACAUUGUCGUCCGCACGGCCAAUCCACGCGGCUUAAAAGCAGGCGAUUGGAAAACGAACGGCGUUGGCCGCAACGUCUCUCACUCAUUCGGAUACGGUCUUCUCGACGCUGGUGCUAUGGUACGACUAGCUCGACAAUGGCGCACAGUACCACCACAACGAGCGUGUCGUGCGUCCUAUCCAGCACCAUACAAAACAAUCCCAAAUGCUAACCGACUACAUCUUCAAAUGUUCACGACAGCAUGCACAGGAGAUCCACAGAAUGAAAUCAGACAGCUGGAACAUGUUCAAGCCAUUAUCACUUUGAAUGCUCCAAAACGAGGGGAUGUUCAGGUAAGGGGAUGAGAGUAUUGGCAGGCGAGAAAAUAUUGUCUUGAUAAGCUGCCGUAGAACUCUUGUAUAACGAACUCUUUUAUAACGAAAUUUCUGUAUAGUGGACUUGUAAUAGGUUGAACCGAAAUUAGCGGGACACGUUUCAUCGAGGGCGAGGACGUAAAAUGGGCUUAUUGGGCCUUGUUUGAGCCCCGAUUGUGGGGUAUACAUGUGCCGAAUCCGUCUAUUUUAAAUUUGCUUCUACCCGGCCUGGAGCCGAGUCAAUGUCGGGCCUAGUGAGCCCUUUUUUAAGUCUAACUGUAAGAUAUUGUAUGCUAUAUUCUUUGUUUGGGACCCAGUCUUCGCGAUUACAUGUGUCGGUUUGGACCCGCUUAUACAUGGGGAACGGGUCGGACCUGAGCAAAAUUUAGGUCGGGUCGGGCAUAGAAAUCCCGGAAAAGCUCGGCCCGCUUUCACUUUUAAAAAAUUUGCCUCAGACUGUGCAGGCCUGGAAAUUGGGCUUGGUCCGUUCCUCAUGUCUAGACCCGUUCCCUACUUUUUUUACAAGUAAAAUGAGUUCAUGGGACCUUGUUUGGGAUUUGGCUUCAAGGCCCAUAUGUACCGGCUCGGCUUUUUUCAACUUUCCAGUUGCCCAGCCCGCCACGUAGGAGCCUGAAAAAUGUGCCCAUUGUAACGUGGAUCACGAACUUUGUCCAUCAACUGAAGAUACAGUAUAACUCUUUAUAUAUAUAACUCUUCUGUAACGAAAGCCUUGUAUAGCGAACAACUUUUAACUCUCUGCUCAACACUACACAGUGCAUAUUAGACUCAAGUAUACCGAAACUUCUUUAUGGCGGGAAAAUUUAAAAUCCUCGACCGAUUCGAUAUAUUUACAAGAGUUCUACUGUAUUGUUUAGAUAAAACUAGUUGGUUACUGUCAUAGCUAUUGUCAGUCAAAAUCUUUCAAUUUUUAAAAUUAAAAACAGGUUAUAAAUGAAAAAACAAUUUUUGAAAUUUCAGGUAUACCUAAUCUCCCCAGCUGGCACCCGCUCCACCCUGUUAGCCAAACGAGUUCGUGACACCUCUCGAACCGGCUUCCGUGACUGGGCCUUCAUGACCACCCAUUGCUGGGGUGAAUCGGCCACAGGCACUUGGUCAUUAGAGAUUGACAAUGAUGGUUGGGAAGACGCCGAACUUCUCAAAUGGGACCUCGUGUUCUAUGGUACCAGUGAGACAGUUGGUUCGAUGGGAGGAGAAGGGUACUAUAUUAGCGAACGCUCCGUGGAUCACAGCUUCCAACCUCAGGCAUCUGGAGCUGGAACACAUCGAGGAGUUACUAAUGGCUUGAUUACUGUAGUUUUGGCUUGUCUUUUGACGGUUUUUAUGAUACUGUAUUGA